AUGGGCCCGAAAAGAGGUAAAAAGGGCACUCCGUGGCCAGAACCACGGUUUGCAGAUGAUCCUGAUAUACGCGCAUACGUAGCUGCAGCCAUCAAAGAUCUCGAGGCACUGAAGAAGCACCAAGAAGCACUGGAGAUUGGCAUGCCCCGCACAGUGGACGACGUCGACCAGCUUACCCGCAAGAAGGACUGGAUUAGGGCAUUCGGAAACGAAGCACGUAUACGAAAACGUACAUGGGGCGUCGUCGUACACGGCGUCAACACGAAUAUCAACCCCAAACAGCCUCAAUUCAUAACCACGCUUACCUCAGAGAACGCCCCGGUGUUCGCGCAGCUUCCAGCCUCUAUGAAUGUCACACACACGGGCUGGCUCCUAAGCGAGUAUAAGAUCAAGGAACAGAAGCUCACAAAUGCCCACCUUGUAGUCAUAUUUGAUGAUGAAAGGAUUGCUAAUUUUGCAAUCCAACGCGGCCUUAUUAUUAAGGGAAGACAGCACAAUGUCUCAAUAUACGACAAAGCAGCCAAUCUCCAGCAGUGCUUCAAGUGUCAGAUGUAUAAACAUAUCGCCAGGCACUGUCAGCGCCAGAUCUGCUGCGCGUACUGCGCUGGAUCUCAUGAUACAGGGGAUUGCCCUACACCGAAAGAGAAAGAAUACGCUAAAUGUGCUAAUUGCACCGCAGAAAAUGUCCAUAUCAAAGAUCCUGCCAAGAGACUCAAUACGAAACACUUUGCGUACGCGAGGGAGUGCCCGAUACGAGCUACAUGCCUCGCAGAGGCACAUCAACGACGUACAUACGGCCCACAAUAUCACACUCCUGUGAUACGACCUGGCAAUAGUCAGCCCGGAGCCAUCUCACCAAAUGACCCUACACCAGCUGAAGCAGCCAAUACAGAGCGAAGUCCUCGCGCACCGGCUCGUACAGCCACCACACGUCGAUCUGCCAACUCAAGAAGUAAGAGCGCAGCAGCCGCCCGAAAACGAGUGGCAGAACGAUCUGAGCCCGAGCCGAUAAGCCCUACAUCAGGUGACCCUACCAAUAGAUCCUCGAAAAAGCCUAUGAGAGCGCAGUGGGAUAAAGAUCUAGUUAUAGAUGCAGAUCCUAAUCCUGAACCUAAGACAGGACCUGAGACCCAGAUCAAAUAUACAUAUAACACACGUGCACGUCAGGAUACAAAGCCUCCACCAGGAACCCCGGUUCUGCAAUCAGAUAUUGCUCCACUAGAAAUUUCACAUGUGCAAGCUGUUAGGACUGUCCGCCGAAGUAAGAGUGUGCGUACGAUCCCAGACGAUGACUCAUCUGAGGAUGAACUUACCCAGCCAUCAAUCCACGAAGCCCCUCAGGAUCCAAUCGAGCCAGCUCAGGAGGCUGAUACGCUAAUGACCACGAACCUUGAAGACAGCACCUGGGCUAACAAUCAGUAA